CUAUUUCAUUUCUAGGACUCCCGCAGCUUGGGCCCCUGGGCGCUCUGCAUUCCUUUCUCGUCUGGACCAAGCCAGGGAGGCGCUCCUUGGCUCAUCCUUUGCUGUUGGGUCUGGCGACAUGGCUUCUGACAGUCUGGCCCCUCUGGGCUCCAUCGAUAAUCCAGUAAAGUUCCUGAACCAGGACUUUGACGCUCUGCUACGGAUGUGUCUGAAGAACAGGGAGCUGUUUUCAGAUCCCACCUUUCCUGCUCAGCAGAAGUCCAUUGGGAUGCCUCCAGAUCCAAAUCCAGGGAAGGAGAUAAAAUGGAAGAGACCCAAGGAAAUCAGUGCAGAUGCCGUGUUUGUUGAGGACACCAUUGGGACCACCGAUAUCUGUCAGGGCCAACUGGGUAACUGCUGGCUGCUGGCAGCCCUGUCAUCGCUCACCGUCCAUCCUACGCUCUUUGUUAAAGUGGUGCCCCCCAACCAGAGCCUGGCUGAUUCUUAUGCAGGGAUCUUUCAUUUCAGGUUCUGGCAGUAUGGUGAGUGGGUGGAGGUGGUUGUGGAUGACAGACUGCCAGUGCGUGAAGGCCGUCUGCUCUUCAGCUACUCUCGCACCCGCACCGAGUUUUGGAGCGCCCUGGUGGAGAAGGCCUAUGCCAAGUUAGUGGGAUCCUACGGGAGCCUGAAGGGGGGAAACAUCUCAGAAGGCAUGGAGGAUUUCACAGGAGGCAUCGCAUACUCUCUUCCUGUUACAUCCCGUUCCCCUCCUGUCCUCUGGAGGAUUCUCACCGCUGGUCUGUCUCGAGGUAGCCUGCUCAGCUGCUUCAUCCAGGCCUCAAACUAUAGUGAGGUUGGUAAAGUAACAGCAGAUGGGCUGAUAAAGGGCCAUGCCUACGCCAUCACUGACACGAACAAGGUAAAAAAAGGAUCGUUGGAGAAUUUGCUGCUGAAGCUGAGGAACCCAUGGGGUUUUGUUGAGUUUUGUGGAUCCUGGAGUGAUAAGUGUAAGGAGUGGGCGGACACAGAGCAGUUGGAGAAGGAAAGGAUCAAGCUCAAACUGGAAGAAGAUGGGGAGUUCUGGAUCAGCGUUGAUGACUUCAGCAGAAUGUUUAACAUUGUGGAGCUCUGCAGUAUGAAUCCAGACUCUCUGGAGGAGGAAGACACCUCUGUCAGCCAGUCUACCUGGACUAUAAGUGAACAUAAAGGCUCCUGGGUACCAGGAAGCUCUGCUGGUGGCAGCCGCAAAUACAACAAAUCCUUUUGGAAGAAUCCCCAGUUCCAGUUAGUGCUUAGAGACCAGGACGAGGAAGAUGAUGAUGAAGAAGAAGUUGAGGAUGAUGAUGCUGAUGAUGAGGAUGAGAUUGAUAAGGGUGAAGAGGUUCUGACACCUGAGGCGAAGAAGAAAGCAGAAAAACAGAAGCAGAAAGCAAAGCACUGCACGGUGCUGGUGGAGCUGCUCCAGAAAAACCGGAGGCAGAACGACAAAACUAACUUCCUCUACAUCGCUUUCUACAUCUACAAGGUUCCUCCUGAGCUGCAAGGAGGCUGUCUGGACCUCAGCUUCUUUAUGAAAAACCGUCCCGUGGGUCGUUCUGGAAAAUACACGGCCCAGAGGGGUGUUUCGAGGAAGCUGCGCCUGGACCCUGGUCACUAUGUUAUCGUUGGAUCCACUUAUCGGUCCAACCAGGCGGGAGAGUUCUUCAUCCGUGUUUUCUCUAAGACAAGAAACACUCUUGGGGUUCAAGACUUUCCCUGCUCCUCUGACUACCUUCCAGUUAUGGCUGAUCCUGUCCUUCCUGAAGACCAAACCAGAGUUGAGAAAACUUUUGAUGAGAAGGCCGGCCCAGAUGACAGGCUGAAUGCUCAAGAGAUUAGGAAGCUGAUCAACUCAGUGUUUGACAAAAGUUACCAUCUGCCUCUGGAGACAUACAGACAAAUAAUCUUAGGAGAGGAUACCGAGGGGCGCUCCACUCUCAGUCGUGAGCAAGCAGAGAACCUGCUGGCUGAUCUUCGCACUCUGCAGUCCAUCUUUGUCCAGUUCGAUGAGGACUCAUCUGGAAGCAUCAGCCCCUUUGAGCUCAGCUUGGCACUGGAAGCUGUCGGAAUGACAUGUGACAACAAGGUAGUUCAGCUCCUAUCUGAGCGCUUUGUGGCCAGAGAACCUCACCUGUCCUUCCAUGGCUUCGUGUCCUGUGUUUCCAGGCUGCGCAAACUCUUCGCUCUGUUUGAGUCCGAGACUAGCAAAGAAGUGAAAGACAGAGGCAUCAAUUCUUGGCUGCUUCAGUUUCUGGCACUGUAGAGAUGCGGCAUGAAGAUCAGCAGCAGAUGGAGCAAGAUGAGCCUCGACAUAAUAAAAUAAUCACAAAUAUAAUGUGCUCUUGAAAAAGAAAAAAAAGCUCUCUUCUUUUGUUUCAUUGCUGUUUUCUUGUUGAAUAUUAUUCCAAUCAUUUUUACCUAUUUUUACCAUUUACACUUAAAAAAGGCUACUUCACACCAACGUGUGGUUAAACAAUUCAACAAUCCUUUUAAACUUUUCAUUCUCCAUUAUUUCCUCUGAAUAUGUCAUUGUUUUUUUUACUUGCUGGUGUUAUUUUGCCAAGUUCUGAACUGACUUGAAUUUAAGUUUUCAUUAUUUUGUCAGUUAAACCUGAUGGAUCUUGUUUAUACUCAUCACAAUGUUCUGUCCACAUCUGAAUAAAAGAGAUAAUUAGGAAAUGUCAAUUCUUACUUACUUGCAGUACCUAAGGAACCACGAUGGAACCAUUCUACUCUCUAAUCCUAAAGAAGAAUGGCUGGCUUUCAGUUUGUGACUUUAAGCUCAAGAUCUUUUAGGUUGUGAUAAAUGACUUAAAGCCCACAAGUUCAAGUAAGCUCUAAGUGGUCAAAGAAAAACGAUUUUGUGCGGCCCAGUCAAAGUACAGAUUUAAAUCCGGUUGAAUUGCUCUGGUAUCACCUUAAACAGGAUGUCCAUGUUUGAAAUUUCCUCAAAUUUGGCUGAAUUAUGAUAAUACUACAAAGAAAAUCUAAACUAAAUUCGCAAACAGCGAUGUAAAAGACUCAUUGGCAGUUAUCGCCACCAAGGGGGAACCAGCUACUAGGUUUAGGGGGUGAAAGGGCCAGUUUGGUUUAGAUGGUGCUUAAUUCAAUAUAAAUGAAGCCAUUAUUUUGUACAUUAUCAGGUUAUCUCUGUCUGAUAUCUGUAUAUGUUUGAUGAACUAUAACAUGUAAAUGUGUGACAAGAAAAGCAAAAGCAGAAGUAGAAGUAGAAGUAGAAGUGCUCUGCAGAUGUUGUUUUAUUGUGCUGUAUUUACAGUUGUUUCUCUCUUUUUCCAGUCAUGCUUCAUGUCGACCAAUCAGGUGCAUAAGCUCCUUUCAUUACUUCUAUCUGCGCACUAAUUUGCAUAUUAACUCUGGUGCAGUGUCUUUUAGUUGUUAAACUGACUUGAUAUUAUAGCACUAAUUAAAAUAAUUGGAAUGCAGGUAUUUUUUGUAACACAAUUCAUUCUAAAUUUUAAACUUUUUAGCUUCCAGAGAAAACGCUGACUUAGCAUUCUCCAAUAAUUAUGAUUUCCUAUUGUUUGGCCGCAGGCUGGAGUGGUAUUAUUUUUAUUCAAAACGGAAUAUUGUGUUUCAGUCUUGUAUUCAUUUUAUUUACCCUUAGAAAACAGUGUCCAGUGGGCUUUUUUUUUAUUUAAAAACUACGUCAUUAUGAACCUGAUGCAGGAUGUUAGAAUUUUCAAUAGAAAUGUUUAAUCAUUUUAUAUUAUAGUUGAAAAAAAAAUGUGUUUCUAUACAUCUAGUGGAGAAAACGGUCACAUAACUGCACUUAUAUAACAGGGAAAUAAAUAAAUAAAUUUGUGUAACAGUUUA